AUGAGACGAUCAGGAAAUCGACUCAAGGCGAUCUGGAAAGGUAGGAGCAAAUCCGGCGGGCAGCAGAUCCAAAAUGGACCGCUGCAGGCAGAUGCAACUAGGACGGUGGAAUCGUCAUCCGUCGAUGGAACCCGCCCCACUGUUGCUUCAGAACCUGUGAACGUACCAACUGCUGCAGCAUCGCUCGAUAGUUCUGGAAAGGAAGGCCCAACGGUCAAUCCCUCGUCAGCCUGUGCCACGGGGCCCUCGGGCCAUGCUCGUCCAGUCAAUCCACCGACAAAACCACCAUCACUCUCCGAGAAACUGUGGGAUACGGCUUACGACAGCAUAAAGGAAAUAGAUCCAUCCCUCGUGAAAACAUACGAAAAGAUCAUAUCAUGGGAGCUGGAAUCAGGACAGCAGAGUGGAGGCCAGGAGGAUGCGACGGCAAUUCCAGGGAACAACGUGAUUGCACAAUCCAACCCCAGCCUACGCCGACAGCAAAUGGCCCAGCUCGUCACACGACGUCAGUCCAGCGCAGAAAAGCGAGAAACUGCUAUGCAGGUUGUACAAACAGGCGUGGUAAUCCUCGAGAGCUUCAAAGGUAUGAUCGCUGGUGCCUUGGAAGCGUACCCUCCGGCGGGCCUCGCAUUCGCUGGGGUGUGUCUUCUGGCCGAGCGAUUCACGGUUAGCAUAGAAGCUAGCGUAAAGAACCGUGAAGGGCUCAACUAUGUUGUCCCCAGGCAUCAAUGGUACCUGGGACUGUCAGAGCUUCUGUUUCGAGACUACUGGAAGUUCCCCCCGGACACUGCCUUUGAACAAGUUCGGGCAAAUCUCUAUCAACGUAUUGUGGACCUGUACCAGUCUCUCCUCUGUUACCAGAUGAAGUCCGUGUGCGCCUACUAUAGGCAUCGACGAAUUCUCACCUUCAUUCAGGACCAGGUCAACUGGAAUGACUGGGAAGGAGAUGUGUCCGAGAUCAAGACAUGUGAAACUGUCCUCUUCCAGGAUGCUAGCCAAUACAACGCCCUGGUCACCACGGAGCUGAAAGCUCAACACCUGGACACAACGCGGCUCAUGCUCGACGACGCCACCAGGUCCAAGGUCAACCAGCUCAUAUCUGUCUUCAGCAUCUCCGGUCUCAACUGCGAGGAGUUCAUGGACAUCCCCAACCCACCUCCAGCGCCAGAUACCUGUCAGUGGUUCAUGUCCCACCCAGCCUAUAGCGAGUGGAAAGGGCUCACCAGGGGCGCCCUAAUCAUUUCAGCACCGCCCGGUUGUGGAAAGUCGGUGUUGUCUCGCUCUCUCGUCCACGGACUGAGAACCACAGUCCACGCCAACGAAAUGGUCCUCCACUUCUUCUUCAAGGACUCCGAGCUACAGAAUCACGCGACCUUUGCGAUGUGCAGUAUCCUGCACCAGCUUUUUACUCAGCACCGGGACCUCAUCCUUCCCCUGAGAGACCAAAUCGAGCAGACCAAUGCAGCGUCUCUCCAAGCUGACCUGACGACUCUGUGGUCCAUGUUUGUUCGCUCCAUCGCUAACAUCAAGUUGAUUUGCAUUCUUGAUGGGCUUGAUGAAUGUGAGCCCAAUAGUCGAAGAGUAUUGAUCGAGUCCCUUGUCGACAGUUUCGGCGGUUGUCAGUUUGGGAAUGCGAGGUUCAUCGUCACAUGUCGUCCCUCCGAAGAAAUCCUCCAAGGUUUCGAUUCGCUUCAACCCAAGGUCACAUUAGAAGCAGGCGACGAGGAAAUCUCCCAAAUAAGCUCGGAAGUCAACUCUAUGAUCGACCACAGAAUUGCAAAGAUCCGAGCCAGACAACGAAACCCGCUGCCACUCGGCGUAGCCGCCAAGUUGAAGUCUGAGUUGAAGGCGUUCAACAAUCGCACAUACCUAUGGGUCCGUUUGGUCUUCGAGCUACUAGAGAGGCAGCUGGAUAGAAGAGAGGAGGCCGUCCUAAAACUUACGCGCCAGCUACCCAAGACCGUCGAAGAAGCGUACAGCAUUCUGCUUAGCAAGAUCCCGUCCGACAACCAGGAGACUGUUCAUGAGAUCCUUGCAAUCCUCGUAGCAGCACGUCGGCCACUAAGCGGCAUGGAGCUUCACAUUGCUCACAACAUGUACAUCGAAGUCAAGACUGGUAACGCCCCUACAACGAUGACCAGCGACGAAUUCGGCAGGUGGCUAGAAAAUAUGUGUGGCUUCUUUGUCCAAAUAUUCAAAGACCGAGUCUCCUUCAUCCAUCAGACUGUGAAGGAAUACCUCCUAGCCACCGACAACAGGCUACCAUGCUCGGGUCUGCUCGGAAAGGGUUGCAUUAAUGUGGCGGAAUCCCACCGAGUGAUGGCAGAAGCAUGUAUUCUUUAUCUCUGGAACACCCAUGCGCAAUUGACUGGCAUCGACUGGUCUCAGCUGGUGUUUUCCAUGCCUAAGCGCAUCAUGCUUGGCUCCUGGUGGCAAGUCAAAGAAAGGGUCUUAUCACAAUUCAGGCCAAUGACAGAUAUGUAUGAGAAACACGCUUUUUUGGAGUAUUCUUCGGGAUAUUGGGCCUAUCACCAUCACUGUUGCCAGACCGGCAACGACACAGAUGACCCCGAGUCAUUGUCCGAUAUCAGAAAAGGACUGUGGCCACGUUACUUUGCCCUCUUCGACCGUCCCAAUAUCUAUACUGUCCGGGUAGCGGAAAUGUCGCUGGCACAUCGUUGGAGUAUCAGGAGCUUGGUGUCUCCCCAACCCGACAUCCCAAGUAACUAUUGGCCUUUCAGUCUCUUGAGUAGAGCAUCCGUUCCAGACCUCGUACUCGGAGUUGAGUGUGGGCACUGGAGGAUGGUAGUACGGGGCAUCGCGAAAGGAGAAGCUAUGUCGAUCAAGGAUGCUGGAGGGAGAACGCCCCUUGACAUCGCCUGUGAGAAAGACCAUAUCUCUCUUAUACGGCUCCUACUUCGGCACGGAGCCCGUUCAGACGUAAGCUGCCAGGGAUCGUCACUUUUUCUAUGUCGGUCUCGCCAAUCAGCCGAGCUCUUGCGCGACGCAGGGGCGGAUAUGACAGUGCGCGACAGCAAGGGAAACACAAUGCUCCAUGUAGCCGCACGUAGGAGUGACAUCUCCCUCCUCGAGGAAUUACUGGAGUGGGGUGUCGACGCAUCCUGCACAAAUGAUGCCGGAAGCACGCCGCUUCACGAAGUCCGAGGUACCACGCCGAGAGCCAUCGACCUUCUGGUAGAGGCCGGAUGUUCUAUUAGGGCUCGGAAUCAAGCUGGCGACUCGGUGUUGCAUUGCUUGGCCUCACUGAGGUCACGCACAGCAGUGAAUCUCGAAGCGGCUAUACGGCUCGGGGCGGAUGUGAACUCUUCAAAUCAAGCCGGUUUAACGCCACUCCAUGUCUCGCGGUCGCCAGCCGCAGUUGGAUGCCUCAUCGACCACGGGGCCGAUGCGUCUGCCGUAGAUAAUGCCGGUCGCACGCCAUUCCACACGGUUCUGCUACGCAAUGGAACCGGCAAUGGAACGUAUGCUGCCCUUCUAUUCGCCUCGCGGAAAAACAUGCCCAACGAGCCUGUUCAAGGCGACAUGCCGCUGUUCAAAGCCUGCGCGCUGAGAGACAGUCAGCUCGUAAUGAAGUUCUUAGAGGCCGGGGCAGAUCCCCAUGUUCCCGGUUCAAAUGACCUCCCUUUCCUACAUUACUACUUGAGUGAGAUGCCAGCCGGGGUACACGUUGUUGAAAAGCUGCUGUCCAUGGGGGUGAAGCCCGAGCCUCAAGUCCGAGAUGACCCUUCCGUUCCAGCCCCUCAACGAUAUUCAACCGUAGACCUUGUCUUAGGACGGAGAUAUGGCCAGAUUCCGGGCGAUGGAAGUCACUUAGUACCACUGCUUCGGCUUUUUCAACGUCACGGGGCGGAUUUCAAGGCCAUCGAUAGCGACGGAAAGUCCUCGCUCCAUGUCUUCGCUGACCUCUGUUCAAAACUCUCAUUUACUACCGGGUCCUCUGCCUGUACGGACAACACCCUUGUCAGCAUUGCAGAGCUUCUUCUAGAGUAUGGGCCAGCCGUUGACAUUGCAGACAUGUCCGGAUCAACGCCCCUUCAUGCCCUAUGCCGCGGACGUGGCCUGUCGGACCGCUACUGGCGAGCGCUCUUUAACCUCUAUGAUCUGUUCUUAACCCACGGCGCCAAUCCAAAUAUCCCUGACUGUGAGGGAGAGACUCCAUUCACCCUCGUAGUGAGGCUACUCGCCCAUCAAGAAACGUGCCCCCUCGACAUCACCGAGGAUAUUUUGAGACUUUUCCUCGACUAUACCGCCGACGCCAAUACCCUGACUUAUGGGGCGUACUCUGUGCUGUCAAUCAUCUGCAUUGGGUACCAUAGAACUGGUGGAAGGCCGGGCGGCCACGCACAAGUGCACGUUCAAAUGGCAAAGCAACUUCUCGGUUCGGGAGCUAAGGUGUUCCACUCUGACAGCGAUGACGGGUGCAAGAGAGCGCCGCUCAUGGUAUUGUGCAGGGUCCCUGCGCUUAAUCGCUGGUCCGAGCAGCUGGCCAGGCUUUUGCUGGAUUACAACGCCGAAGCAAAGACGACGGGCUCCUACAGGCCGCUGCAUCGGCUACUUCAGUGCCGACUCUUUGACUUUGCCGGUAGGGUGAGGGGCCAGUCAUUGAAUAACAAUGAAAUUGUCGAAUCGAUUCAGAUGAUUGCGCUGGAGCUGAUUCGGCGCGGCGCCAGCCUCACAGCGACGGAUCCGUGGGGAUAUACGCCACUGGAUUAUCUGGAGCUCGAACCAGGAUUAGACCGGCUGUGGAGUACCACGGGGUGUGAAGCGUCGUCAUUGGACAUUGAGACGAUACGACGCAGUGUGGAAGUCUUCAGGAACCAUCUGCUUCAGGCGGAGAGGAUGCGUUGA